CCUAGAUUCACCGGGAAGGAAGAUCCGGAAAUCCAUCUGGACUCCUUCAACUAGAGUGCGACCAUGAAUGGUUGCACCGAUGAAGAAAAGUGCCUUCUUUUCUUCCAGACCUUGCGGAACCGAGCCACUGAAUGGUUCAAUAAGCUUCGCCCAGGAAGCAUUGAUUCGUUCAGUGAUUUGGCCUCGAAGUUCAAGGCCAAGUUCCAGGAGAAUUGUACCAAGAGGAAGAAAUUCACCUACCUUAGUACAGCCGGGCAGAGGGAGUCUGAGAACCUUACUCAGUUCCUUACCUGGUGGAAGGAAGAGGAGUUCUGUCGGAAACCCCCGGCCACGUACCAAGAGACCUACCAUACUGCAUGGGAGUUUGCUGAGGCUGAAACUCAACUCCGGGCGAAGAAAGAAGUCGAGCAUGGUUACAAGCCCAAGCCGGUGCAAGUCAAGAAGGAAGAAGCACCGGGACCUAGCUGGCCAAGACACCACUAUGACCCGGUCUUCCGUAUGGUCAAUACGGAAGAAUGCCCAGAAAUCUGGAAAGCACCGGUCAUUCCUCCGGAAAAUCCUACCGGUCAAACAGGGCGGCAGUGGUCGGGCACCUAUUGUUCGUACCACAGGUCAGAUUCCCAUAACACCUCCGAAUGCAAAAGUGGUAAGGGGGUCAUCCGGCAUAUGAUAGACAGUGGAGAGCUGGGCAAGGAUUACUUGCAGAAAGCCCAGGAGAAGAGUCAUCAAUGGGUUAGGCCAGCUGCCCCGGGAGAUGACCGGGACAACGACCGGCGGAGGAAUAGCCAGCCAAGGGAGCGGCAACCUGCUCCCGAAAAAGAGCACAUCGGCAUGAUCUUCGGUGGACCUGAAGGUGGAGAUUCAGCCGCGCAGCGGAAGAACUGGGUCCGGAGCAUUUACGUUGGUGAAGUAAGCGCUGAACCACCCAGGCGUAAGCAUACUAGAAGGGAGCCGAUUGUCUUUACUGACCGGGAUCUCCCCCCUACCGGUGAAGAUCACAAUGAUCCAUUGGUCAUCACCAUGGACGUUAAUGGGGUGGAUGUCGCCCGGGUACUAGUUGACACUGGCAGCAGUGUCAACAUCUUAUACCUGGAGACUUUCCAAAAACUCAGGUUGUGUCGGACACAACUUGAACCCCUCAAAACCCCUCUCUCAGGCUUCACGGGAGACACCAUUGAAGGUGAAGGGUCCAUAGUUCUACCGGUCGAACUAGGAUCAGGCGAAAAAACCGUAUGGAAGAAGAUGCGGUUCAUAGUUGUGGACAUCAAAUGCGUCCACAACGCAAUUCUUGGAAGGCCAGGCAUCAAUAGAGUCGGGGCGGUGAUUUCCAUGUCUCAUCUAUGCAUGAAGUUCCACACUCCAGGUGGUGUGGGUGAGGUGAAGGGUGACCAGAGGAAUGCCCGGGAAUGCUAUGCCCGGGCAGUCAAGAAGAUGACCAAGGGGGUCAAUGUCAUCUCCCAAGAUGUCGCAAAGGGAGAGACCCGGGAAAAAUUGGAGCCCAAGGCCGAGACGGUGGAAAUCGAACUUCACCCGAGUGAUUCUUCGAGGAUGGUCAGAAUUGGAGCAAAUCUCCCCGAGGAUCUCAAGGCAGAGAUUACACGGGUCCUCCAAGAAUACGCGGGCAUAUUCGCAUGGAGCGUGGCGGAUAUGCCCGGAAUAGAUCGCUCUGUUAUCUGCCACCGGUUGGCCGUGAGGGAAGGAAGUCGAUCGGUACAAGGGUUCAAGAUUUACCAUGCAAUCAUCUUCAACUUCAAGCUGACGAACAAUGAGGCAGUAUAUGAAGCUCUGGCUGGAGGGCUCAGACUUGCCCAAGCCCUGAAAAUCAGCCGGGUCAGUAUCAAAUCUGACUUUAGCCUGAUUGUUGGGCAAGUGACCGGUAACAUGGAAGCAAGGGAAGGACGCAUGGCACAAUACAAGGAGCUCGUGCUUGCCCUGUUGAAAGGCUUCGAGGAAUUCAAGAUCGCCCAAAUUCCCCGGGCGGAGAACGCGGAUGCAGACCUUCUCUCCAAGUUGAUGCAGUAUGCUCCCGAGCAUGUUUCAAAACUUGCCCGGGUGGUAAUCCAAGAUCGAGCCAGCAUUGAAAAAUUGGAAGUCGCCGCUAUAACAGCCGGAAGCCAAUCUGACCGGUCAAACCUGGUCGGGGCGGACGACCAUUGGAUGUAUGAUCUGAUGGAAUAUUUGAUGCAUGGGAACUUGCCAGAAUAGGAUGACCGGGCAAGAAAAGUGAAGUUCAGGG